UUGAAUUUCCCACGUAUGUUUAUUGGAAAUGUGGCAACGCCGCAAUGACGGAGACCCUGCCCGCAACGUUCUCCGGGAGCGUAGGUCUAGUGUGACGUCACGGUAGCCUAGUUGGGUUAGGUUUUACGCUGGAAAUUCUAACGAAAAAUUUUUUGUUUGACGAUUAAUGUUUUCCUCAUUGUAUCUGCUGCAUUGAGGGACGUGAAGAGCUAACGCAGUGGCGAGCAGCAAUCGUAUUUCGUAAACCGUUCGAUCGCGAGACUUCGCGCUAUCGGCGUAUAUGAGAUUUUAAACGGAAAAUGAAUCGACAUGACGGGGUAAGUUGUGACGCCUGCUUAAAGGGGAACUUUCGGGGUCGCAGAUAUAAGUGCCUCAUAUGCUACGAUUAUGAUUUGUGUGCCAACUGUUACGAAGGAGGUGCCAGUACUACGCGUCACCACAGUGAUCAUCCUAUGCAGUGUAUACUUACUAGAUCUGAGUUUGAAUUAUAUUAUGGUGGAGAGGCAGUAAGUGUAGAACAGCCACAAUCUUUAACUUGUCCUUAUUGUACAAGAAUGGGUUUCACUGAGGCUACACUGCAAGAACAUGUUGCUGCAGAUCACUCGGACACUUCUUUUGAAGUUGUUUGCCCAGUAUGUGCAUCUGUCCCAGGGGGAGAUCCUAAUAAUGUGACUGAUGAUUUCGGUGGUCAUUUAAGUUUGGAGCAUCGUAGUGGACCAAGAGACUUGAUCUCUUUUCUAGAUGAACCAACUGCAAGUAGAUAUACUGGUAGACGGAUAACACAUUCAUCUAGAGUUGUUGGUGGACCACGGCCUCGCAGGUCCAAUAUGCAUUUCAGUUCGUCCGGAGGAUUGAGUCCAAGUAGUCGAGAAGGUAUAGAUCCAAUUACAGAAUUACUUUCUCAAUUAUCCGGUGUUCGUAGAAGUGGUGGAGGAACUGGUCAAAGUUCGUCAGCACCAUCGCAAUUACAACAAUUGCAAAUGCAGCUACAGUUGGAACGACAACAAGUUAGAGCUGCUAGACAACAAUUGGAGCGAUUACCUAGGAGGCAGACUCAGGUCCUUGGCUCUGCAAGUUGUGGAGGAAUUAUUAGUGGAAGUGGUCAUUCUACUACUAUGACUAGUGUGGUAGCAAAUAGUACGACUAGUAACAAUAAUACAACUAAUGUGGCGAACCCGUCCGGCGUAUCAUCUACUAGUUCACAGAACUAUAUGUUUUUAUUGCCAAAAUGUAUUACCAGUUCUCUCUCCGACUCACAGUUGCAAAAUAUUGAGCGUGAAAGUGCAAAUAGAAGUCUCUUUACGUGCGAACUUAUUCUUGGAACGCUUUCUCAAACAUUGCCGGAGUUAACGCAGGAACAAUCUGUAGCGCAAACACCAGUAUCAAGUGCAACUACUGCUACAAGCAGUCCUGAUACACCAAAUGCUAACUCUUCCUCAGUUUCUACAAAGAAAUUAAAUGUAACUCAAGAGGCGAAAAGGGAUCAAACAAUGAGUAAACAUGUAACGCAAACGUCUAUGCAACAAUCACAUACUGUUCAAACUACUACUGCUGGGAGUGUGGGGACAGGUCUUCAGAAUCAAGGAUUGCCACCAAAUUCUAAUAACCUCGCGAUACAAAAUUCACCUAUGGUUCAAACACUGAUGCACAGUGUAUUGCCUGAGUCAUUGGUAUUGCAGGAAUCACUGUCGCUACCAUAUAGUAGAACUAUCAGAGAACCGAUAGUAACCCCAGCACCAGCGUACCUUAGAGGUGGGGUCGGUCCAGUUGGCGUAACAGGUGCUUCACGUAGGAAGCCAGUUAGGGCUGUAGAUGGCAGAAACCAAUCUACGGAACCUCCGCCCCCACACUAACCCUUCCUUACCCCGUACCCACCCGCCCUGAUUCCUCACAGGACCCUCUAGCACUAGUCCUAGCACUGUUUAGAACACCUCAUCAUUAUUGUUAUUAUUAUAAUAUUAUAUAUUAAUAAUUAUUCAAAUGCCCUCCUCCUCACCCUCCCUAUCUUAUCACUUUUCAAAACUCUAAUCUCGCCAUUUUUUGUCGUUACGUGACAUGGAACAAGGGCAAGGGCUGAUUCGCCGACACAUGCAAAUAAUGUAAAUAACUCACUUCUUGCAGUCAUAUACACUCCUCGUACACACUCCUCAGCGAGUCUUGCCACGUUCUACAUCGAUAUUAUUAUAUCCAUUUACAAUAACUUGAUCGAGGAUAGAGACGGGCAGGUAAAAAUAAUAACAAUAUAAUUAUAUCUUUUAGCGUUUCAUGUUUGGUGGCUGUAUGGGUUUGUUAGAACAGAGUUAGAUUGAUAAAAUACUCAGUUUUAUUUAACACAUAAAAUCUUGGAAAUGUAGAAACUCUAACAAUUCACAAGACGCACUGCCCGUCAUACGCACCAGUUUAGUUGUGCUUAAUUUAAACUGGUUAAAUUUUUUUGGUCAUCGUAUGUUUGAUAUAUAUAUUUUUUAAAAAUUCGUUUAAUGUCAUAUGUAUCAUUGAAAUACAAAUGUGUUUUAUGGGAAAAAGUUUAUAAAUCUGCUUGGGUUGGUCCGUUUGUAUUUGAAAAAUCUUAAUCAUCGGACAAAUAUUUUAAAGCGAGCAACUAACGAUUUUUAAUCUAUAUGCUUUAUGAAAUCAUCAAAGCGCAUGUGCAUUAACGUUUUGUUAGAUGAACACAAGUUUUAAAUAGUCAACUACACGAGGUUUGAAUCAUUUCAGAAAGAUAAUCCAGAACCAGUGAUUCUAAAUAUUAGGUUGGCGGGCCAUCCCUUAAUGUUAUGUAUUAUUCAGGAAUUAGUACUUUAAAAUGGAGGGAUUAAGUUGGGUCUUACAUGCCAAACAAACAGAAAUCUGAAUCAUUUUCUCUUCAAAAUUAAUCGUAUUUAUUUAAAGUAUUUGUUAGAAAGUUUAUUUUUGUUGUUGUUUUGAAUUUUUGCGUAUAUUGCGCUAGUACUACGUUUUAAAAAUAUCACGUGGUCCCUUUUCUUUUUUUUUAAUCAUUCAUUUAUGAAUCUAUAAUCGCUCCAUUUUACAAUGUGAAAUGAAAUAAUAUUUGUAUGUGUGUUUGUUUUUUUUCUCAAUAAGAGAAGCUUUACUGAUUUGAUAUAUGUAAAAAUUAUACGCGAUAUGUCAAAGUAAAACUGAGAAUUUCUGUGUUCCAUUUCUUUGAAAUUAGUUGAAUUGAAUUGAAGCUUACGAUAUAAUUAAUGUUUAUUUUAUGCAGAAAGCGUCGGAAAAAAGUACGUGCGUAUGACGCACGCAAAUGCAUUGGAAACUUGUGAAGGUUCUACUGAGAGUAGAAUUUGAAGGCGCUCGUACGAACGAGCAAUGAUUAUUUUUCAAUUGUCUUUAACUCCUACUCAAUUUUCUUUGAUUUUUGCCUAGACUUCCUUGUUAAUCACUUUAUGUAUAUUGCAUAUUGUAAUUAAUUUCCCCUUGUAUUACAUUCAGAUCCUAUGUUAAUUGAUUUGUGGGUGUAUCUGCAAGAUGUGGAUGAAAAUGAAGUAAAAUUAUACAUAUACAUAUAUACAUAUAAACUUGUAAAAAGUUAUACAAAAUAUGUAGCGCGUGAUUUCAUUUUUUUUGUCUUAUGCUCUCGCGUGUUCUGGCAUUCUCGGUGGUAAAUUCGAAAUCGGAUUACUUAUAACAUUACAAAAUAACCAAAGGUGUUGAAAAAAUCAUACAUUUCGUUCUUUUUUAUUUUCCUGGAUCUUUCAGUGUCGAUAGCAAUUUAAUAUCUUCUUUUAAAUGCACUAUUUGCUUUAUGCACCUAUUUUUCGAACACUUAUAAUAAUUUCUCGUAUUCCACUGUGAUGUGUGAAUUGGAAACAAGAUAUAUAAAAUAGUGAAGCAACGAUGUAAAGAAAGAAAAUGAAAAGUGUACUAAUUGCCUUAACGCGAAAUGCCUGAAAGGGAAAAAGUUCAGCCUUUUGUGGAAUGCGUGGUUAAUCAAAAGAAUCCUUUACACGUGAUAUACUUCAUACGAAAGCGAUGCUGUAUACUUAUCUAAACUAAAUAAAUAUGUGCAUAUCCCCCCAAAAAAAGAAAAGAAAAAAAAAACUAUAAGAUGCAGAUAUUAAGAGAGAAAUAAUGAACUUCGCAUAUAUUAAUGUGCACAUCUCGAUGACUGAUAAGCUAGUUAUUUUUCAAAUUUUACACGAAUUCAUAAGCGUAUAAUCUCAGAACGAAGCAAGACUCCAACAAGCACGUUUAAUACAAAAACCAAUUACAUUAAUUAAAAGAAAGGAAAGGAAGAAAUAAAUAACAUGAUUUGCUAUGUACUAAAAUAACUUCGUAUAAAGUCGAAAAUUACAACUGGGUGUUUUUUUUUUCUUCUAUUCUUGAUACUUGCGAACUUAUGUUCCCCUUGUUUCCACGUCACUUCGGGAUUAUAAAAUUUUUGGAUUUUUACACUUCUAUUUUACUAUUAAUAUUAUUUUAUUACAUUUAUUGUCGUUAUGUACUAUACGAUGUAGCAGGAAAAAUAAUUUCUAUACAUUUCCUUGUCAGAAGAAAGAUUUCGAGGGACAGUGUAACAUCUUUUCCAACAGUCGAACGCUGUAUCAAUAUCGUUAUAUUUUUAUUGUUAGGAUUUUUGUCAUGGUUCAUUUUGAAAUUUCAGCAUAAUCUUAACAAACAGCUUUUUACAUUAUAUAUAAAUAUAAAUAUAUAUAUAAAUAUAUAUAUUUAUUUAUUUAUAUAUAUAUAUAUAUAUAUAAUAUACAUUUAUUCAUAAGGACGAAAAGGUGCCUCGGAGUAUCGUCGUAAUUCUCACGUUCCUUCUAUUUUCUUUUUUCUUUUAUGUGAUUAACACCUACGUAAUUAAAUACUUCUCCUUUUCUUCAUUCAUACAUAUAUAGAAAAAAUGUAAAAAAAACUUAGGUAACUCGAGGAUCUCGGUCUAUAUAGUAGAAAGUUUUGAGAUUGGGCGUCUUUGAAAGAAAGUUUCGAUGCUUUGUAAAGAUAUCGACGAUUCUCCUGGAUAUCCUUUGUAGGAGAAAAAACAAAAUAACACGAUUAAAAAAUUAUUCUUGUGAACGGAGUAACGAACAGAAAAAAAAUAUUCUUGGGUGGAUUAAACGGUUGUUUUUAUCACGUCCUUCAUCCGUAUGUUAUCUCGAGUGUCAGGAAAGAGGAAUUUUCUGUGAAUUUUCGAAUUUUAAUCGAAACCAUUACGCCCGACGAAUUAACAAAAAAGAAAAGAAAGAAGGGGGAUGAGAAGACUUCGCUAAAACAGGUCUUUUGUCAGUCAGAACGUAGCCAAUGUCUACAACGAAUUUCAUGAAAAUCAGAAAUGAAUGAUGGAAUUGAAAUUCAAAAAUAAGAAAAAAAAACAAAAAAAAAAAGAAAUAUGAUGGAAAAACUGUGAAACGCGUACGACAUUUUCCCCUUUUCUAUUCGACGAAGAGAUUCUCCUUCUAACGAAUUGAAAUUUCGAUUUAUAUUUAUCUAUAUUUUACGUAUCAUUGCCUACUGUAUGCAUAUAAAUAAAUAAUAUAUAUUAUACAUGCUUAUAUAUAAAUAUAUAUAUACAUGUGUGUAUACACACAAACAUACAUUUACGUAAAUGUGUGUGUACACUUACGCACAUGUACAACAGCGACUAGUUGCGUUUGUGCGUAGAUCUGUAUUGUUUUAAUUGUAAUCAAUCGUGCGUGUGUAUACGUAUCGAAGAAAAAGUUAUGUGAACGACUAAAAAUAGAGAAGAAAUUGCUGUAAACCGCGGACAAAAGUGAUUGGGAACGCGAACAUACGCAACUUAUCGUAGCGAAGAAAAAUAAAAAAGUUUUAAAUUUAAUUAAAAAUCUCGAUAAUUUAUCGUAUUAUGCUCUCAUUACGAUACCGUUUCUUAUCGUUAUAAUCGAUUAUUAGCGACUAAUAAUAAUAGGGCUUCUAUGUAGAUAAUGGCCCAAUAACGCAGGAGGAGUCUGACUGUGUGUAUAUAUAUAUAUAUAUUAUUAAUAUGAUAAUUUUAAUGAAGGGGAUGUGUCGUUGAGAUUAAUAAUGCUGUAUUAUUAACGACGCGCGAAUCAAUUAAAAAUCACUCUCAGAAAACUAUACUUUAUCGCUAAGAAGCUAUCUGAUAAAAAAAGAAAAAAAAAUUACAAAAAAAAAAGAAAUAAUGAUAAACGUGAGAAAGGAACUUUCUUUUCUUUUUUAUUAAAAAUAUUUAUUAUGCUAUAUUUUCCACAGUAUUUUUGUACUGUGAUAUAAUACGGAUAUGCACGAUCAAGAACUGUCGCAACGUUGCCUUCCUCACGUUAGAGUUUUCGUUCCCUUGAAAAAAUGUCGCAGUAACUAUCAGUCAGCGAAAAGAAUACGACAUGAGUAGAAAGGAAAAAAAAGAUAUAUAUAUGUCUUUAAUACUGAAUAAAGUCAAAUCAGAACUAGUUACAAGGUAACUUUGAAAUACUAGUUUCAAUAUUAUUGUUCAAUUCACCUGCUAUACGCAAAUAUGACUAACGUCAUCAGUAAGUGCAUGUAAAAUCUUUAAUUCAUCACUAAUUUGAUUAAAAAAGAAAAAAAGAAUCAUGUCGUGUUCAAGACUCCCGUCUUGACCCAAAGAUAAGUAAAAGAAAUUUGAGCGCAUUAUUUUCUUCGAAGCAUAUUACGAUAUCGUAAAAUUAAUCGGUACAUAUUUUUCACGAAACUCUGACGAGUUUUGAUUGUAAUCCUAGCCAAAGGAAGAAGCGAGUGGUGUACGGAGGAGAGCACGAUAGAAAAAAAUUUGUAGGAGUUAGCAAAGCGCAUAUAUAUGUAUGUAACACUAGAAAGAAAAGUGGGUUAAAACACAAUGUAGCGGCUUCUGUGGUCCAUCUAAAGAUCUAAACGAUUUUUCUUUCUGCAUUAUUUUGUUUUACGUGAUCGAGGGUGGUGUACGGGAUAGGAGGGUAGAAUCAAAACAGAAAGUUAAUGUCAUGAAGCCUCCCACACAAAGUCCUUUCUAGUUCGUCGGGCAAACAGAAACAGUAUAAGAAUGAACGAGAGAAAAAGCUGUAUGUAUACAUACGCGUGUAUGUGUGUGCCUGUACAUGAAGAACAGAAGGAGAAAAUACGUUUUAACUUUUUCUUCCUUUCUUUAUUUUUCUUUUUUUAUUUCCUUGAAUGUAAUUUUCAUUUUACGAAUUUCUUGGUUGAAGAAAAAAUAGACGCCGAUUUAUCGUUUUAGAAAUAGACACCCACAGCCAGGCUGAAGCGAAAUAGAAGAAGAAAGAGAGAAAUAGAAAGUACAUCUUCGAACACACAGACACUGACCUGCGUUGCAAUUAGUAUUAUUGCAAACUUACUGGAGUUACGAACUUAUUGGCACGGCCGCAUUAACCGUGAUCCACUGCCUGAGCUAAAGAAAUUAAAAAAAUAAAUCAUAAUAAGCAUUCAGCGGCUUUAUGUAUGUAAGCUUCGAAAUAAUGUUCACUCUUCGUUGCGAAAAAAGAAACAGACUUUCGUGUGUAAAUCUUGGAAGGACAAAAUGGUGGUAGAUGUCCUAGUUGUAUCAUGCAAGGCUGAUCUCUUUGCGAUCGGUAUAGUAUUAGGUAUCACACAGUCGUUGUGCAUUUCACAAGAUUACCUUAAUUCGGCCUUGCUCGUCGGUACAUGCAGUCAAGCAGCAGCUAUUUUGUCGGGGAAAUCUAGAGCCUUUGAUUCUCUUAUUUUCGACAAAGUUGCUACUAAAGGCAUCGUGUAUCAACGUACUUGAAUUUUUGCUAAACGAUCUUUUCCUAAGCCUGCUCGAAUACAUACAUAAUAAAAUUACAGCGCGAGAGAUUGUUCGCGGAUUUUUACCUGAUUUUUAAAAAAAGAUAAAGAAAUCGACCGAUACACAUAAAAAUGUACGGACGUAAUGAACGAAAGUGAGAAAGAAAAGAGAGAAAGAACGAGAGCACGAACGAAAGAAAUUACGAUGAUAAAACAGAAAUAUUGUGCGUGACAUGUUGAAGUGGAAUGUGUUGACGAAUAUUACUAUUGAAGUAAUAAUAGAGAAUUAAAGUGAAAUCUUAUACAUAAUAAUUAUUGAAAUGUAAAUUGUGUUUGGUUGUAUUUUGUGUUAUUCGCCUCUGAUGCUAAAUAUAAUGGAAAUUCGAUUAAA